CUGGAACGCAACGUCGUCUUUACUCGACUUCUCCCGGCGGCGCUUUACGGCAGGAGUGACAGCUCACGUGCUGGAGGCGGUCGGAUCAUGGCGCUCCCCCUCUUCCUGAAGAUCUGCGCCAUCACUCGGCAGCACCGGGGGAAGCUCCUGGCAGCGUCUUCUCUUGGACUUUUCGCGGUGAACGUCUCCUACCACGUCCUCCCGGCUCAGACCUUCAGGCGGUUGUAUCAGGGCUGGUCGGGGGGCGAGCCGGCGGCGCUCAGCGACAGACUGCAGACCCUGUUCCGUCAGGUCCUGGAGGAGACCCGCACCUCCCCCUCGGGCUUCACUUCCUUUGCCGCUUAUGGUUUCCAGCCCGUCAGUGCCGGGGUCCCUUGGCUCCCCAGCGGCUGCUUGAUCGGAAUCCCCGCAAAUUAUAACAGCAGUGACCGGGACGGAUCGGGGAUCACUGACCGGGUGCUUGUGAUUGGUGGACAGGAGGUGGACUGGGCCAGUGAACCCGGGGUCAGCCUACGAGACUCCCUGACCCUAUCGGAAAUCGCCCAAAAAUUCUCCUUGGCCCGGGAAGCCAUUCACGCCCAGACAUGUGGCCCCCUCCUGCAGGCGUCCGUGGCGCCGCUCUGUGUCACCGCCGUCUGUGUCUCCGGCGUGGGCAUCAAGCAGCUCCUGGGCCUGUACUCAGGGCCCAUGUUAUUGAGGGGGGUCUUCAAUGUCCUGGCCGUCCUCCUGGGCCUCACAGGCUACUACCUCAGCUACGACGCCAUCAGUCACUGGCUGGACUACCGGUGCGACCGGAAAGCAGCCGCCAUCUCCACAGCCUACGCCCGAGGCGGGGUGGAGUUCUACGAGAAGAUACUGGCACGCAAUAGGCUGCUGCGGGGGCUUAUGGGUGAACAGGGGGAAACCAUGUACGCCCCCAGCGGGAACCUGUUCCCUAAACAUAAGUUCAGGCUGAAGCACGCGCCGUACACCGCGCGGAGGGACCGGAUCCUGCACCGCCUGGAGGAACAGCCAGAAUGAUCAGCGGGAGAACUGAUCCAGAGGACACGACCAUGUGCGACAUAUGAAACGGGUCUAAGGAUGCAAAACUACAACUCCCAGCAUGCCCAAACAGCCAUGAGCAUGGUCUAAUACAGUGGACCCCAACCUGUGGCUCACCUGCUGUUACAAAACUACAACUCCCAGCAUGCCCUGGUAGCUGAAGGCUCUCUGGGCAUGCUGGGAGUUGUAGUUUUGCAACAUAUGGCGAGCCAUGGGUUGCAGAUCCAUCUUUCAGGCCAGUGUUUCCCAACCAGGGGGCCUCCAGCUGAUGCAAAACUACAACUCCCAGC